AUGUCUGAGGCGCUGAUGUCGGAGGGAAGCAGCAUUGUAGACCGAAUAUGUAAUAGCAAUUCUACAAGCGGCCCACGCCGCCACAUAUAUCUUGACGCUCAUAUAAGCUCAACGUUUCUCACGCCGACAAAGACGUUGCAGGAUCUCUUGGCAGAUACACAGAUACUCACAAGACGGAGACGCUAUUGCCUCGCACUGACCCUCGCCUCCUCUUAUCUCCAGCUUGGUGCCACACCAUGGCUCAAUACCCAGCUUCGCAAAGACAAUAUCAUCUUUUUACAGGACCAGACCAACCCAGAUACCACUAUACUUAAUCACCCUUACCUCAGGUGUGAGAUAUUCGGGGAUGUCAGCAAUCAACCAAGCAGACGUGUGGGCGAGGAAGCUGGGUUAGAGUUUGCUGAACCCAUCGAUUGGAAAGAUCUGUUACAACAUGUUAUCGUCCCUCUGGAUACAUUACACAAGCAGGUGUCGCAGAAACCAUGGUCCAUGUGAGCACCAAUUCUUUAUCGUGAAGGACCCACAACGUGCCCAGAAGGCUAGUUCUGACGUCACCGAUAAACCUGCCCUUCCUGAACAGCGAAAAGUCGAAGAAAGAGUUCUGUAACGGGAUUUGGGCUUAAGCCCUCACCAUCCCUUAUACUCUCAGUGAGCCCAACCUCUUGUAACUGAAUCUUUGCAUUACAAGAGGAGCUGCUGCUCCUCUCGUCUCCC